GUAGUUUGGUCACUCCGGGGGUCCUUCUGCUGGUGGAGGUGACAUUCAGGCUAACACCAGCGAGUUAGCGGUGCUCGCAGAGAUCGUCAACAUGGCACAAGCAGCGCAAAAACUGGUCGCUAAAGUUCCAACUCUAAUCAGCGCCGCUGUCACCUACUCCAAACCUCGACUUGCUACCUUUUGGCAUUACGCCCGUGUUGAACUUGUCCCCCCAUCUCCUGCUGAGAUCCCCAAAGCCAUCGAAGGGGCAACCAAUGUCAUCAAGGCUUUCCAGUCAGGACGGCUGGGUCAGAUCACAGUUAGGGAUGCCUUCAGAAAUGGGCUGGUGGCCACAGAGGUGAUGAUGUGGUUCUACAUUGGAGAGUGCAUCGGAAAAGGGGGGCUUGUUGGUUACGAUGUUUGAAGUCUGGACUGUUAUUUUUCUCUUGUGAGCGUUUUAUGCUCAAAUUCCGUUAAUCCUGGGAAUCAAUAAAUAUGUUAAAUUAAAUUUGUUUUGUGAC